CGAGGGUAAGUUUAAAGAAGUUUGAUGAAAUUUGAGGAUUCAAUAAAAUAGUUUAAUUAGGAAAUACAUUCAUUUAAUUGUUAAGAUAAGAUUAUCGAAAUUAAUCCUAUAACAAUAAUAAAGGUAAUAUGAUAUUAAUUGUCAAAAUAUUAAUUUAGCAUAGCUUAGUUAAAAAUCUAAACUGAUUUUAAGAGGUUAUUGAAUGCUUAGACAAAGCUAAUUGAUUAUACAUUGAAUAAUAAGGGUAAUUUAGUAUUAAAAUUAUUUUAAAGGAUUUGCAUUAUAAUUCACUUAAUUAAUCAAUAGUUUUAAGGAAAUUGAAUAGAUUUUAAGAAUCUUUUGAGUUUUAUCACAAAGUUAUUUAAAUUAACUCUAAAAUUUUAU